AUGGCAACAUGGUGUAAUCCAUUAAAUUCCCCAGACACAAUUAGAGAUACAUUUGCCCCUAACGCAGAAAAGGGUUUAUCAGAGGAAGAAUGGAAAAACAUUAUACGUCAUUCAUGGACAAUAUCACCAAGUUUAACUGUACAAUUGGCAACAAGAUUUAAGCAACCAAAUGUACAAAAUGAGGUUCAUAAAAUAUUAUACAAUAAUUCAGCAGAUGCUAUACGAGUAGCUGAUGCACUACCCUUAUUAUUAGGCGAUAAAUUAAAUCCUAAUAUUACUUCACAAUUAAAAGCAAAAAUUGAUGAAGAAAUGGCGAAAAUAAAGGUUGAUGUGGGUGUUUAUUUGCCUAGUAACACAGAAGGAAAGGUAGUGGAUAUAGAUUACAAAUCUGGUCGACCUUUACAAAGUCAUGCAAAGGCUCCUUUCAUGGCUACAUUUAAAAUACGGAAAGAACGAAGUGAUACUGAUGAAGUUAAAGAAGCGUUAAUGCAAUCUGAGUCCAUUGAAUUAGCUGAUAAUGAUGAUGAACCCAAGACAAUUGAUGUGUGGCAAUCCGCAAUUUUCAAAGUUGGUGAUGACUGUCGACAAGAUUUACUGGCCUUGCAAUUAAUUGCAAUAUUUAAGAAUAUAUUCAAUAGUGUUGGAUUGGAUUUAUAUCUUUUUCCAUACAGAGUUGUGGCAACAGCUCCAGGGGCAAGAAAUUGUUUUAUUCAAAGUGUAGCUGCCUAUUCUGUUGUAUCGUUUUUAUUGCAAAUUAAAGAUAGGCAUAAUGGAAACAUUAUGCUAGACGAUGAAGGACAUAUAAUUCAUAUUGGUGAAACGCUGAAAAGAUUACGUGAAAGGUUCCAAUUGGAUAAAACUGAACGUCGUGCGGCUGAUUAUAUGAUUGUGAAAAUACAUCAAUCAUUUGAAAAUAAAAGAACAGUAUGGUAUGAUAGUUUUCAAAAAGCUACAAAUG